CUUUACCCGUUAGCGCGCCGCUAAAAACAACUCUGACUAUCAAGUUACACGUGAUUAAGUAGCUCAAAAAUCAAGGUUCCUGCCAUCAGCAGCCUGGCACACGGUGCCAACUGAGACGAGCUCCUGACGGGCAUGAGGAGGGUAACCAGCAGAAUGGUGGCUGGCGAGGUGAGUGGGCACAGCUACCUGGUGGCAUGCUGGCAGCCCAUUCUCAUCCUGAUGCUGGGCACUGUGCUCUCAGGCUCAGCCACAGGAUGCCCGUCCCGCUGCGAGUGCAGUGCCCAGGAGCGCUCGGUCCUGUGCCCCCGCAGGAAACUGGUCGCCCUCCCGGAGGGGAUACCCAUCGAGACUCGGCUGCUGGACCUGAGCAAGAACCGCCUGAAAGCCAUCAACCCCGAAGAGUUCAUCAACUACCCCCACCUGGAGGAGCUGCAGCUCAACGAGAACGUGAUCGCCGUCAUCGAGCCGGGCGCCUUCAGCAAUCUGUUCGGGUUACGGACGUUAGGACUGCGCAACAACAAGCUGAAGCUCAUACAGCUGGGGGUCUUCACCGGCCUGAGCAACCUCACCAAACUGGAUAUUAGUGAGAAUAAAAUAGUCAUCCUUUUAGACCACAUGUUCCAGGACCUUUACAACCUCAAAGAGCUUGAGGUGGGAGAUAGUGAGCUGGUCUUCAUCUCUCAUAGAGCCUUUAAUGGACUCAGUAGUUUAGAGCAGCUCACCAUGGAGAGAUGCAACCUGACCUCUGUGCCCACAGAGGCGUUUAGUCACCUUCAUAACCUGCUGGUGCUCAAGCUGUGGCAUUUUAAUGUGAACACCAUUAAAGACUUCUCCUUCAAGAGACUCUACCGGCUGAAAGUCUUAGAGGUCACAAACUGGCCGUUCCUCAGUAGCAUGACGGAUAAAGCCCUGCACGGGCUCAACAUUACCAGUUUAAGCAUCACACACUGCAACCUUACUGCCAUUCCAUAUGUGGCCAUCCAGCAUCUUGUGUACCUUCGCUCCCUCAACUUCUCUUUCAACCCCAUAGAAACUGUCGAGGGCAACAAGCUGCACAAUCUGAUGAGGCUGCAGGUUUUCGACCUGGUAGGCGGCCGCCUGGUCGCUAUUGAGCCUUACUCGUUCCGGGGACUGAACUACCUGAAGGUGCUUAACAUUUCCAGCAAUAGCCUGAGCACUUUGGAGGAGUCUGCCUUUCACUCCGUGGGGAACCUGGAGACGCUCGCCCUGUACGACAACCCCUUGGCAUGCGACUGCCGCCUGCUGUGGGUUUUCCGUCGACGCUGGAGGCUCAACUUUAACAAGCAGCAGCCGUCCUGUGCCACGCCCGAGUACGUGCAAGGCAAGGAGUUUAAAGACUUCCCAGACAUCCUCCCUGCUAACUACUUCACCUGCCAGAAGUCCAAGAUCCGGGACCACAAACCCCUCCAGAGAUUCGUGGACGAAGGGACAACGGUUCAUUUCGCAUGCCAAGCGGACGGAGAUCCCACCCCCGUGAUCAUGUGGCAGACUCCCAGGAAGCAAAUCAUCACCAUGAAAAGUGUCGGGCGUCUGUUGGUGUCCCUGGACGGCACCCUCGAGGUGCGAUACGCCCAAACGAAAGAUAACGGCACUUAUACGUGUAUAGCCACCAACGCCGGAGGUAACGACACCAAGCUCGCCCAUUUACACGUCCAUAGUUAUUCCCCCAACUGGCCCAAUCAGCCAAAUAAAACAUUCGCUUUCAUCUCCAACCAGCCCAAUGAAAGUGGUGCCAACGAGACUGGAAGAUCAGUCCCAUUUCCCUUCGACAUGAAGACUCUCAUCAUUGCGACUACUAUGGGAUUUAUUUCUUUCCUUGGAGUGGUUUUGUUUUGUCUUGUUCUCCUCUUCCUUUGGAGUCGAGGGAAAGGUAACGCCAAGCCAAACAUCGAGAUCGAGUAUGUGCCACGUAGAGUCGACGGAGAGGCCACUCCGACCGAGGAAACCCAUAAGAUCAGAAUGAAAAUGAUGUGAACAUUUAACUUCAAGUGCUGAUGCUGGUGUGGAAAAAUCCCUGGCCUGGCAGAAAUGUAUUUAGGAGUCAGAGGCAGACGUGCUCCUGGUUCCCCUCAUGGACCUGAUAGAAGAUCAAUAAUGAAAGUAAAGCCUUUUAUUCUCUCAGCUCUGCUGGGAUUGUUUCUUUAAAGUCAGAACCAAUUUUACGGGAGAGCCAUAUUUCUGUUUUUAUUAUUUUGAUAACGCGUGAACACGGGAUCGGCCCCGACCCAGACGCCAGGUUUAAUCCGUACUCGUCUGUCCUCUACUGUUUUGUACAUAAUAAUUUCUAUGUACAUUGGAUGUACAUUUGGAAAUAUAGCUAUUAAAAAGGGUUGAGAAUUAUAUUCAUGGGUUGAGCGUAUCGGGAUCCUCGUGAUUGUGAUCGGCGUACGUGAGUGAGAGACACUGUAAACUAUAAACAUGUCCGGUUACGUUUCUGUAAAUGUCCAUCGCUGAGGUUUAUAAGGGCCACAUUAUUUUUAUUUACAACUAAUUCAUGAUUAUUCUUGACAAUCAUUCAUUUACAGUAUAAAGUCAAGUGCUCAGUCUUGAUUAUGACCCUUGAUGGAGGAUAUAAGCCCGGUAUCACAAGUAAAGCUGUGAGAUGAUGGAUGUGAUCUAUUCUGGAGUGACCCGCCCGAUGGAAGUUGAUUUUGAUGAAAGAACGCUCAUGUUAGGCAUCGGUAGAGUCGUAAAACUGAAUUUCCUGAAAGCGUAAUGCAGAUUUAAUCUUCUACAUUAAUGCAUGUGUGUUUGUGCAUUAGGAUGAGCCUCUGUUUGAUGAUGAGAUGCCGAGUUGCAGAGAUGAACUCCUAGAGGCAAAAAUAUGUGGAAAUCUUAUCAAAUCCUUGGCUAUUAAUAUGCUCCCCCCUCCAUUUAAAGGCUUUUGGGUUUGCUUUCCAUAUGAUUGUGGAUUAUUUUUGACAUUUAGUCAAAGUCAGACAUUGAAGCUGAUCAGACAAGCCCGGCUUACAAUUGACAUUCCAUUCAAACCCAAAGAUGUCCAUCGAGGUUCCGGUCACACCAGACCAUCCUUACAGACCUUGCUUUGUACUGAAGGGGCGCAGUCCUGCUGGAACCACUCGAUCCUGGAGUCACAUUUUCCAGCAGCGUUAAAGAACCCUUAGAAAUUCUAGAAGCCCUUAAAUCCAAAAGUGAGCAUAAUAUCCUAGAAAGACGUUAUUAUUCGGAGUGUACUUCACAAUGCACAUUCAGCAACUGUUCUGUUUUGUUCUACAGAGGUUCUCCAACAGCGUGAGGAUCAUCCAAAUAGCAAAACUCAUUCUGAGAUGUGAGAGCUCAAGAAUCAGGACAUGUUCAUUAAAUAUGUAGUAAAAUUUUAGUGGAAUUCAUCUGAAGUUAGUCAUCUGAGAGGAUCUUAACAGGUUUGACUGGACAGGAUCACUUCAGAAUGGAUCACAUCCAGAAUUUCUGAACGUGAAGGUAAGAGUUCAGACUGAAAGAGAGGAACCGUAACAAAUCUUCUGGUUGGGUUUGCAUUAAAAUGAGUUUUAUUUCUUCAUGUACCUUCCUGAUGAAUCGACCACACAUUAAUUUAUGAUUGAUGAUAUUUAUGUAUAAAUGGCAGGGACUCUUCUGAAGGUAAAUGUGUUUGGCCCUUGAGAAUCGAUCAGUGUUGCCUCUGGAACGAUGCCAGACUUUAAAAAAGAUUAAAACCGUAACGUUUCUA